ACAAUUAGGCCCUCAUCCUUCAUCCCUUCUCAGCAAGAUAAACAGAAGCCUUUUGCUGCACCUCUUCGUAUAUCCCAUACUCCCUUCCCCGUCAUUAGUUCCCACUAUGUACCGCCCGAACAACUUUCGAGGCACUCACGAAUGGACUCCAUAACGCGAUUCACACGUUUCAAUCCCGAAUCGCUUUCUCCUCCAAUUGCCACCAUUCCCGGUCCAUCGAGACAUCGCACUCCCCUCAGGACUCGAUCACCUCGUAUCUUUGUGCCCCGGGAGGUUCAAGCGUCUCUGUUGUCCUCUAUUCCCACAUCUCAGGUUUGGCACGGACCCGCCAAGACUGCCGGCCCGGGCCGGCAGCACAGGGUCGCUUUUGCCCCCGCCAAAGACAGCUCGUUCUACUGGCUGAGCCUCUUUUUCUUCUUCAACCUUGCUCUCACACUCUACAAUAAGGGAUUGCUCGUCAAUUUCCCCUUUCCUUAUACUCUCACCGCAAUUCACGCCCUUUUCAGCUUCAUUGGGUGCACUAUACUCCAUAAAAAGCAUGUUUUUCACGUUGCUCAGCUAGAUGUAUCACAACACCUCAUUCUUGCAGCUUUCAGUUUUUUGUACACGAUUAACGUUGCGCUCUCAAAUAUCUCACUCAAGCUUGUAACCGUUCCAUUUCAUCAAGUUGUACGAGGACUGUCACCGCUUUUCACACUGAUAUUAUCAUAUUUCAUGUUCAAUACCACUGUCUCUCGCAAUCAAGUUUUCGCGCUCGCACCCGUCAUUAUCGGAGUUGGACUAGCCACAUAUGGGGACUAUUACUUCACCCCAUGGGGAUUGUUCCUUACGCUUCUGGGGACUUUCCUCGCAUCCCUCAAAGGAAUAGUAUCUCAUGCCCUUCAGACUCGUCCCCUCGCCUCCAUAGCCUACUUCUGGCCGUCCUCUGCCCACGCCUCCGUUUCUUUGAAGAGCCCCAUCAAGUUACACCCGUUAGAUUUAUUAUACCGUAUGAGCCUACUAGCAUUUUCACAAUGCGUGGUCUAUAUCUACUUGUCUGGAGAAUUUGAGCGGCUGUGGGAAUUCGCUGCCCGUGGCGGGCCCGGCGGAUCCAAGGGUAUAAGCCCUGCAGGAUAUGCAUCGCUGGUUCUGAACGGUCUCUUGGCGUUUGGGCUGAAUUACGCUAGCUUCACGGCGAGUGGGAAAGUUGGGGCACUCGCUAUGUCAGUUGCGGCAAACAUCAAGCAAGUACUUACCGUCGCGUUGGCAAUCCUCAUUUUCAAUUUGCGCAUCACACCGAUGAACACUGUUGGGUUUGUGUGCACCCUCGCCGGAGGCGCAUGGUUUGGGGCUAAACACCGAGAAAACAAUACAAAGCAACAGUUACAACAUCGCUCACAGGACUCCAGAGAUAUGGAUCGCGACAUUGCCUUCAAAAUGGGGAGCGAACUUUCAAGGAAGUAGCGUCACGACACGUUGCUCAGACUUAGGGGUGGCGUUUUCUUUCCUCCAACUUCAAUAGUGCUGCCUCCACCAAUGCCUGAAGUUCAUUGACCUAUUA